UUUUGGGCGUUUAACCAAUAUGGCGCAAUAAUUAGCUGAAUGAAGAAGAAAAAAAGGCUUCACGCAGCAUGAAAUCAUGCAGAUAUUAACACCCCCCUGGUUUGAUGAAUGUGAAACUAUAAAAGUAAAACUGGAAUUACAAGUGUCCGUCAACCAUGUGACCUGUUCCGUCUUUUUUCCGUUAGAUAACCACGUGACUUGCAGCCAAUCAUAUGGGCCGAAAAAUUCCAUUCUUCCAACCGCCAAAAGUUUGGUAACUUCGUAUUUCUUACGUACGAACGAAUUAAAUUAUUUCCUUAAAAAUGUCUGCAAGUGUUUUCCGUGUCAUAUUUUAUUAUGUUAAAGGUCUAAGUUUAUUUAAUUAUUUACAUGGUUUCAUGAUUAUGUUAAAUUAUAUUUACUUCAUUUUACGAUCCACGAGAUUUCUCGGAGAGUUGAAUGGGAAACCUACGAUACACACCAGUGACGCAGUGAGUAAAUGACCUGUCCAUUUCGGAGGCCGCGUUCGUGUGAAAGCUAAUGUUGAAGGCACCGCAGAGGAAGUCGGUGCGUGAGUUGGAGGAGGAAAGGCGGAUAAUUGCGUCAAAGGAAAUGGAGGAGAUCCGGGCAAAGGAGCGGAAGGACAUAAUAGAAAAUUGCAAGAGGCAGAUAUUCUACGAGCGGGACCACGCCAAGACGUUGAACCGGGCUCUGCUGUUCAGCGAGGUGCUGAGAGAGAGAGAAGCACAGGUGAAGUUCAACAAGUACCUCCGAGAACUGGAGGCAAAGAGAGAGGCUCGCUGGGCGGACAAAGUGAAGCAGAACGCUCUGGAACACGAGAGAGAUAAGCUGGAAGAGAAAAACAAACACAUUGAAAAGAUGUUAAAGUUCAAGAGUAUACUUCAACAACAGCUGCAGGAGCAGGCGGAGCUGCAGGGCCGGGAGGCGGGCGAGGUGCUGCGGGCGGAGAAGCAGGAGCUGGAGGACAUACGCCACGAGGUGGCGGAGGCAGACGCCCGCAGGACGGCUGACGACCGCGCCAGGAAGCUGGCCUUCAGGCGCGAGGUGGAGCGGAACCUGCGGGAGGCGCGGGAGCACCAGGAGAGGAUGGAGCGGGCCGAGCUGCUGCAGGACCAGCUGGACUACAUGCACAGGCAGUUCCAGGACCACCUCAAGAGGACGCGGCUCGGGAAGGAGCGCGAGAUUCGCGAGAAUUUGGAGAAAAGAGCUGAGGAUAUGGCCGCGAAAGUGGCAGCAUUUGUGGGUGAUCAAAGAGGAAAGGAAGAAGAAUCAAUAAGGAAAGCUAUCGAGGAAAAGGAAACGGAGUUGGCGGAGCGCGAGCGGCGCGGGCGGGCGCACCAGGAGGCGCUCCGGGAGGAGAGGCGGCGUGCCCACCGGGACCACCUGGUGCGGGAGGACUGCCGGCGGCAGGAAGAGCAGCAGCAGCUGCACCUGGACAUGCUCCAGAGGCUCAAGCAGGCCGAGGUGGACCGGCAGGAGCGGGAGGAGAAGAGCGCGGAGGGCUCCCGGCUCAGGGCCGAGCUCCUCCGCAGCCACCGGGAGCAGCAGGCGUUGCGGAGGGAAGCGGAGCGGCAGGAGAGGGAAGGGGACGCCGAGGCGACGCGGCGCGCGGCUGAGGCGUGGCGGGCGGAUGACCUGCGGUUCCUGCGGUACGCGGGGCAGGUCCUGGAGGAGUCCCGCCUCGCGGGGCGGCCCCUGCUGCCCCUCUCCCGGGCGGUGGAGCCCUACAGGCGCAAGUACGGCGAGGAGCACCCCGCGUGACCACCGAACGAGAGAUGCACGAGUCUGCAAAUUUUCGGGAGCCAAGCCGAAUUCAUUGGAGAUUAUUAAGAAUCAAAUCAAGCACAAGAAGUUGGAUAACCAUGCUUUUGAGGUGUAAUUAAAUCAAAAGUAUAAAAAUAGAUUAUGUAAUAAAAUUAAAGGUCAAAAUAAAUAAUGAUACUGAAUGACCUUUGUGUGAUUUGUAUGUAAGUAAUGAAACAAAUCAAUGUAGCUCAAAAAUGGUUCAUUUGAUAAAUGUGAAACUUUCAAAAGUUUAAUUUGGCAUCAUUGCAAUGACUUUUCAUCAGCUGUUCGAUAAGAUUUUGUAAACAUAACAAAUUUAUCUGCCAGUUCAAAAUGUCAAGUCUAAUUGAGAAUUGCACCAUGGAAGAACAACGUGCCGUGAUUAGAUUUUUAGUCGCGGAAGGUGUUAAAGGUAAUAACAUCUAUGCAAGGAUGUUAAAAGUGUAUGGGAACAAUUGUUUAAACCAUUUGAACAUUUACAAGUGGUUAGAACAAUUUAAAAGUGGCCGACCAGUCGAAGUUCCCACUACCUCCUUUGAAUCUCGCAUUGAUGCAAUAACCCGAGACAACAGAAGAAUCACUGUUGAAAUUAUAGCUGCAAAAGUGUCUGCAAGUGUUGGAACUGUCCAUAACAUCAUUCAAAAUAAUCUGCAAUACAAGAAAACCUGCACAAGAUGGGUGCCGAGACAACUUACGGACAUCCACAAAGAAAAGAGGCUUCAAAUCAGUAAACAGUUGAAAGCUCGAUGUUCCACUGAGAAAGAAGCUUUUUUUUUGAAAGAAUUAUAACGGGCAAUGAGACAUACAUUCACUACUAUGAGCCAAAGUCGAAGAGACAAAGCCUUGAGUGGAAACACACAAGUUCUCAAACGCGGAAAAAAUUCAAGACCCAACCAUCUGCUGGUAAAGUGAGCUUACACUUAAGGCCCUAUUUUAUGCAAUUUUCUUGAAGACCAACAAACAAUCACAUUCAAAACAAAUUAAAGCCUGCAAUUUGCUCUAAAUGUCUUGGACUUUUGACAAAACAUGUGAUUUUACCUCACAACACUGCACGGUUGCAUACAGCACAGAUAACACAAGAAUACAUUCAAAAACUAGGCUGAGGGAUUCUUCUACACCCUCCUUACAGCCCAUAUCUCGCCCCCUCAUACUUUCAUAUGUUGGUCCCCUUAAAGAAGCUCUAUGUGGCAACUAAUUCAGCUCCAACGAAGAAGUCAAGAUUCAGGUGCAAAUGUGGCUCCGAAAGCAGCCAAAAGAAUUUUAUGCCAGGGGCAUAUGCAACUUACAGGAAUGAUGGGACAAGUGUAUAAGUGUUUGGGGGAUUAUGUUGAAAAAUAGUUAAAAUUUUAUUGUGAUUAAAUAAACAGUUUUUGAGUUACUUCGAUUUAUCUCGUUACUUAUUGAA